CACUUCCUGCUCCGUCCCAGUCACCCUGAACUGGUCCGGUCCUCAGCCGGGAUCACCCCUCGAGGAGGACCCCGGCGCCCCGGCAGCCGGCCCGCCGCCCCCCGGGCCGGGCAUCCAAGGGGUUAAGUCCCGGGGCCGGAUCCCGCCGCCGCCUUCCCAGACCCCAGCGCCGGUCCCUGGAUCGGCCCUGAGCUCCGGGAUGGAGCCCGAAGCAGUGCUGUGGGGCCCGGAUCUGCGGGGUCCUGAAGGGAGCCCCAGCGAUGCUCACAGAGGUGCCGAGAGUGGGAACGAAGAGGAGAGCCCUCAGCAGGAAAGUUCUGGGGAGGAGAUCAUCUUGGGCGAUCCAGCUCAGAGUCCAGAAUUCAAGGACCCACCAGAGAUGCCCCCGGAGAGACCCUCCCAGGACCCCUCAGCCCCCCAAGAACCCCCCUCUCCUGGUCACCCCCGUGUCCUGUGACACCAGACUCCUCUUGACCCCCCAACCCCGGAGGUAGUCCCUACCCCGUCUGACUGGACCAAGGCCUGUGAGGCCAGUUGGCAGUGGGGGACCCUGACCACCUGGAACAGCCCCCCGGUGGUCCCUGCCAAUGAGUCCAGCCUGCGGGAGCUGGUGCAAGGCCGCCCCUCCGGGGCCGAGAAGCCCUAUAUCUGCAACGAGUGCGGCAAGAGCUUCAGCCAGUGGUCCAAGCUGCUGCGGCACCAGCGCAUCCACACGGGCGAGCGCCCCAACACCUGCUCCGAGUGCGGCAAGAGCUUCACGCAGAGCUCGCACCUGGUGCAGCACCAGCGCACGCACACGGGCGAGAAGCCCUACAAGUGCCCGGACUGCGGCAAGUGCUUCAGCUGGAGCUCCAACCUGGUGCAGCACCAGCGCACGCACACGGGCGAGAAGCCCUACAAGUGCACCGAGUGCGAGAAGGCCUUCACCCAGAGCACCAACCUCAUCAAGCACCAGCGCUCGCACACGGGCGAGAAGCCGUACAAGUGCGGCGAGUGCCGGCGCGCCUUCUACCGCAGCUCCGACCUCAUCCAGCACCAGGCCACGCACACCGGCGAGAAGCCCUACAAGUGCCCCGAGUGCGGCAAGCGCUUCGGCCAGAACCACAACCUCCUCAAGCACCAGAAGAUCCACGCGGGCGAGAAGCCGUACCGCUGCACGGAGUGCGGCAAGAGCUUCAUCCAGAGCUCGGAGCUGACCCAGCACCAGCGCACGCACACCGGCGAGAAGCCCUACGAGUGCCUCGAGUGCGGCAAGAGCUUCGGCCACAGCUCCACCCUCAUCAAGCACCAGCGGACCCACCUGCGCGAGGACCCCUUCAAGUGCCCGGUCUGCGGCAAGACCUUCACGCUGAGCGCCACGCUGCUGCGGCACCAGCGCACGCACACGGGCGAGCGGCCCUACAAGUGCCCCGAGUGCGGCAAGAGCUUCAGCGUCAGCUCCAACCUCAUCAACCACCAGCGCAUCCACCGCGGGGAGCGGCCCUACAUCUGCGCCGACUGCGGCAAGAGCUUCAUCAUGAGCUCCACGCUCAUCCGCCACCAGCGCAUCCACACGGGCGAGAAGCCCUACAAGUGCUCCGACUGCGGCAAGAGCUUCAUCCGCAGCUCCCACCUCAUCCAGCACCGUCGCACCCACACGGGCGAGAAGCCCUACAAGUGCCCCGAGUGCGGCAAGAGCUUCAGCCAGAGCUCUAACCUCAUCACGCACGUGCGCACCCACAUGGACGAGAACCUGUUCGUGUGCUCCGACUGCGGGAAGGCCUUCCUGGAGGCCCAUGAGCUGGAGCAGCACCGGGUGAUCCACGAAAGAGGGAAGACGCCGGCCCGGAGAGCGCAGGGCGACUCGCUGCUGGGGCUCGGGGACCCCGCCCUGCUCACCCCGCCCCCUGGAGCCAAACCACACAAGUGUCUUGUCUGCGGAAAGGGGUUCAACGACGAGGGCAUUUUCAUGCAGCACCAGAGGGUCCACAUCGGAGAAAACCCCUACAGAAAUUCCGACGGCCUCGCCGCACACCCAGCCCCCAAGCCUCCUCAGCUCCGACCUCCCAGGCUCCCUUUUGGGGGCAAUUCCUACCCAGGUGCUUCCGAGGGCAGAGCUGACGCCCUAGGACCGCCCCUUAAAGUGCCCGAGGGGCAGGAGGGCUUCAGCCAAAGGCUGGGCCUGCUCUCCUCCAAGUCCUACAUCUGCUCCCACUGUGGGGAAAGCUUUCUGGAUCGGGCUGUGCUCCUCCAACACCAGCUCACCCACGGCAACGAGAAGCCCCUUCUCUUUCCUGAUUAUAGGAUUGGCUUAGCAGAAGGGGCAGGGCCCAGUCCCUUCCUAAGUGGAAAGCCCUUUAAAUGCCCUGAGUGCAAAAAAAGCUUUGGGCUCAGCUCUGAGCUGCUGCUGCACCAGAAAGUCCAUGCAGGUGGGAAAACGCAGAAGAGUCCAGAGCUGGGCAAGAGCUCCUCCGUCCUCCUGGAGCACCUCAGGAGCCCCCUGGGGGCCAGACCCUACAGCUGCUCAGAUUGUGGGGCCUCCUUCCUGGAUCGCCUGGCCCUCAUCCGGCACCAGGAGACACACACCCAAGAAAAGUCCCCCAGACCGGAAGACCCCCUUCCAGAGCCAGACACCCCACCCCCAAGCCAGGAAGGUGAAAGGGAGGCCCCCGCACCCGCAGGGAGCAGCAGCCCUGGGGAAGGGGAAACCCCCAAAACUCUCUUGGAAGAAAAGCCCUAUCUGUGCCCCGAGUGUGGAGAUGGCUUCACCGAGGUCGCAGCCCUCCUCCUCCAUAGGAGCUGCCACCCAGGGGUUGCCCCGUGAAAUGGGUCUGGAGGCCGGGGCCUCUCUCUCCUGAGAGGAACACUAGAUCUCCCCAAAUAUUGUACGAGAAAAGAAAGAAAACCCUAUCAGAUUGUAGACGUGUGGAGGAUAAAGGACCCCGGGUAAAAAUAGUGCUUUUCUAUCAGUGGUAAGAAACCCUAUAAAUUGUUGGUGGGAACCACUUAUAAUGCAGUAGAGAAAAACCGUUGGGUUAGAAACCCUAUAAAUAUGUAGGAAAAAAGCCCUUUAAGUCUGUAGCAGAAGAUCCCUAUAAACUAUAGUGGAUAAAAGCCCUAUUAAUUGUAGGAUGAGGUCCCGUAUGUCUCUAGACAACCCUAGAAAACUGUACUGAAAUCCUUGUAAAACUGUAGGGUCGGGGAAACGCAGGGACUAUAGCAAUGGCAUUGACUUGGGAGCAGGGACCCUCAGAAGGUGUGAAAGAACCUCCCGUGAACUUGUUCAGCAGUGUUCUCUCUCCUGGCAUGUGGGAGGGGGCUCCUUCCCAGAAGCCUUGGACAGUUACCCUGAGUAAAAUGUGGGAAUUGGAAAAGGAAGAAAACAAAGACAGGACAAAAAUAAGUGAUGAAGAGCCCCCAGAUCCACAGAGGAGAAAUGACCCAGGAACUAGGACAAGAAAGUCCAGCUCAUUGCACUGGGGGUUCCUGGGGGUACAAGGCCAAUCCUAGACAGAUUGUGUGUGAAGAGGUACAGGCCCAUGGAAUUCCUUAGCAGAAAGAAGCCAAAAAUGGGGAAGGAAAAAAAUGCGACGUUGAGCCUUUUAAAGGCUGAAGUUUGGGGUGCAUAUAACUUUAAGUGUAAGAAUACUGGGGAACCACCACAAAAUUUUAGGGGGAAGAGUCAGGGGAUUCUGUGAGAGUGCUUUGAGGGAAGGAAACCCAGUGGAGAAACUGUUCAGACGGAACCCAGCUAACUCCCGGCUGCCUUCCCCGUUCCUGGGAGCUUGUUAAGCUGCAAGUGCAAGCAGACCCCAGCCAGGCCGCCAGGGUCCUCCCCAGCCAGGCCGCCAGGGUCCUCCCCAGCCAGGCCGCCAGGGUCCUCCCCAGCCAGGCCGCCAGGGUCCUCCCCAGCCAGGCCGCCAGGGUCCUCCCCAGCCAGGCAGGACACCCCUUUCCUGGGGGCUUCUGUUCUGAGAGGCCUCCAGGAAUGGAGGGUCCCUCCUGCUUACAUCUCAGGUCUCACUGACAGGAGGUUCCUCCUGAACUCUAACUGCCACCCUUGUCACUGCAGUGGCAGCCCGUUUCCUUGAAUUCUGUCCUCAGUGAAGAGGGAGAACUGCUGCUAGUUGACCUCCAAAGAAUAAAGCCCUUCCCCUUGGGAGACUCAAGGCCUGUGUGCGCAUAAAUCCUCUGGAGCGUGCUCUUCUGCAAGUCAGCGGGAGCUCUGGUAGUUCUCUGGCAACGAGAGACAGCAAGUUAAGAGAAUAGAGAGAUUUGAUUGGUCAGCGAUCUGCUCUUAAACCUCACUCUCUCCUCUGAGCUGAUAGCAAGGCUGCUGGCAGGAUAAGCCAGCCUGUACAGUGAUGCGUGUCCAAACACCCCACAGAAGAGUAUAUGGAGGCCUGACCACCUUCCUCGCCCCAUACCUGGAGCCCUCUAAAGUGACAACCCAGCCGGAUUGUGGUCUUGGGAAGGGAUUCCACCUACUUGACUCCUCUCCUCCUCAGUCAGAAACCUUCAGAGGGAAACGGAAAGAUGAGAGCCACACCCCUGCCAGACCCGUCUCCUGUUCUCACACACCACACACAGUGACCCGCUUUCAGUAACCCAGCCAGACCUGCGAACAUGACUGGAUGGAUGCGGCAGGGGAGAGACUGUUGCCCUCUGAAAUGGUUGGAGAAAACUCUUGAAACAUCUGUAACAAGAACCCAUCCCCUAACCUUGGAGACACCAUCCAGUGCUGGGUCCGAAGGAAGUGCCCCCUGACCCCAGUAAUGCACUGUGGUCCUGGAGUAAGAGCCAACGUGCCAGGAGAGGUGGCCCCUUCAGGAGUCACGUCCCUGAGAGGGUGACCUGGAAUCCUACAAAGCUGCGGAAGAGACGUCUCAUUUCAUUACCUGAAGUUCAAAAGGUGAAAGUCCACCUCUCAUCUCCCCUGCCCCCCAAAGGAUAACCCUCAAAUUCAAAGGAUCAAAAUCUAGAACACUAGGAGGAAAAGGCCAGGCCUGCUGGGAGGAGAAGGCAGGCAUGGCAUGAUUGUGGGGAGACCCUUCCUGCCAUCUGCAUUGAAGUCCCACCCGACCCAAGUGCAAGGUUGGAAAGCACUACUGAGGGGAGGAGCCUGCCUGCAGAAGCUCUGCCAACAGAAGCCUCCACAAAGGGCGCAUCCCGUGAGACAGGACAGGACACAGUCCUCCACGUCCAAGCAGAUUCUUUUCCCUCUAAGAUGGUAGCAGAAAGAAACUCCAGUGGGAGACAAACCCCCUUUAAAGGUAGAAGCAGAACCCCCAAAACCGUCUGAGAAAUCUGUCUCCAGGAGAGUCCUGGGGAGCAGCCUUCGGAGUUCGGGGGCCAGUCCAGGGGGAGGUGGUCAGUGUGGUCAAAGGCCGGCUGCGGGCCUGUCGAGGACCUGGGUGUAGCAUAUGUAGUGGGAUGCUCGCAUGUUGUAGGGACGGGUUAGGGCCAGGAGUUGAGGCUCCGGUACUUCAAUGGAUGAUGUGGAUUCGAUGAGUUGGGGUCUGGGGUUUUGUAGCAGGAAAGGGGCAGAGUCAGAGACCUUUGGGGUAUGACCUGUUCUCUGUUGCCCACUUCCCCAAACUCCUUAAGCCAGGUGCUCCUCUCCCAGAACAAGUUACAUCUGGGGAGGAACUAAGCAGGGGUUGGUUGGGGAGGUGGCAAUGUCCAGAGUCCCUCUGACCAGCUCAGGCAGAGGCCCGGAUCGCCCUGGAAGGCCUCUUGUCCAACUCCACGCAGGCCUGACUCUUCAGAAGUGCCCCACUGAGGAGCCCAGCAGCUAGGGUCACAGAGUCAUUGGUGAACGCAGAGGGAAGAAUAGAAACUGAUCUGAGCUUAGGGUGAAACUUGAAACUGCUAUGGAUAUGGAGGUCAGAAGGGAACUCGAAAGAACUGGGCAUGAAUCCCGAAUGAUGGGGAAACUUGAAACCAUCACCGAGAGGGGGUUCCAUGGCACCUGCCCCUGAGGUGAGCAGCCCCAAACUCCUUUGCCCUCAUUAGGGAAGCCCCUCACCUUACUUGUGCCCCUGGAGUGAAGAGAGGCCCCACUUUUGAGUGUUGUGUGUCAAUAACAGUGUUGUGUCACUGGUGGUCAUGUUGAUUAGUAGAAGAGAAUAAAGGGAAUAAGAUUUCC